GCAGCUGGGAUUGUGACUCCCCUCCCCCUAGCGUGUUAGAACUGGGGUCACCUCCUCCCGGGAGCAGGGGUCGUGCUUGCCCCUCCCCCCACCGCCGAGCUGCCCUGGGAGCUGGGACCGUAGCACAUUGUGACACCCUCACCUCCCCCCUCCCACACCCGUGGGCUCCUGUUCCCCCUCCCUCCACAGAGAGGUGGGAUUGUGACACCCCCCAACCCCCCCCACCUCCUCCCUGGAGGCCCCCUCAGGAGUGAGGCGCGUGACUCCCUCACUCCUAAGGUGGGAGCUGGGAAUCACCCUUACAGUUAUGACCCUCCCCAACCCUUUGACUCCCUGGUAGCUGCUAGCACCAGCCAUAGUGGAAGAUCCCUGGGAUUGUGUGGAUCCCCCUUUUUGGCCCCAACAGGAGGUACUGGUGCUGCUGAGUUGGGCUUGCUUCCCCCCCAGCUGGUUAGUUGACAGGGUUAUUCCCAGGCCUGUACCAACCCCAGAGAAACAUGGAGUUUGCAGAGCUAAUCAAGACACCGCGAGCAGAUAAUGUCAUCCUGCACCGUCCCUUCUACCCAGCAGUGGAAGGGACACUAUGCUUGACUGGCCACCACCUCAUCCUCUCAUCUCGGCGCCAGGACAAUGCUGAGGAGCUGUGGCUGCUGCACUCAAACAUUGACUCCAUUGAAAAAAGGUUUGUUGGCUCGUUAGGCACCAUCAUUAUAAAAUGCAAAGAUCUGCGGAUUAUUCAACUGGAUAUACCUGGAAUGGAGGAGUGUUUGAACAUUGCUAGCUCUAUUGAGGCAUUGUCCACCCUGGAUUCUGUCACUCUAAUGUAUCCCUUCUUUUACCGGCCCAUGUUUGAAGUUGUCGAAGAUGGCUGGCACUCCUUCCUGCCUGAGCGAGAGUUUGAACUUCUCAGUUCAGUAACGAAUGAAUGGCGGCUGAGCUAUGUCAAUAAGGAGUUCUCCGUUUGCCCCUCUUACCCACCAGCUGUCACUGUCCCAAAAUCAAUUGAUGAUGAGGCCCUUCGGAGAGUUGCAACCUUUCGCCACGGUGGCCGCUUCCCUGUUCUAAGCUAUUACCAUAAGAAGAAUGGGAUGGUAAUGAUGCGGAGCAGCCAGCCUCUCACAGGUACUAAUGGGAGACGGUGUAAGGAAGAUUCAGCACUUAUUAAUGCCACCUUGAGGGCAGGAAAGCGUGGCUACAUCAUUGAUACCCGUUCCCUGAAUGUUGCUCAGCAGGCCAGAGCUAAAGGAGGUGGCUUUGAGCAGGAAGUGCAGUAUCCUCAGUGGAGGCGAAUUCACAAAUCUGUUGAGAGGUAUAAUAUUCUGCAGGAAAGUCUCAUCAAACUUGUGGAAGCUUGCAAUGAUCAAUCGCACAACAUGGACCGCUGGCUUAGUAAACUGGAAGCCUCCAACUGGCUGACUCACGUUAAAGAGAUACUAACUGCGGCUUGUCUGGCUGCUCAGUGCAUCGACAGGGAAGGAGCAUCAGUGUUAGUUCACGGGACUGAAGGAACUGAUUCUACACUCCAGAUAACUUCAUUGGCUCAGAUCAUCUUGGAUCCAAGGUGCAGGACAAUACGUGGCUUUGAGGCUCUUGUUGAGAGAGAGUGGCUGCAGGCUGGUCACCCAUUUCGGCUGCGCUGUGCUCAGUCCGCCUACUCCAACAGCAAGCAGAAAUGGGAGUCCCCCGUGUUUUUCCUUUUCUUGGACUGCGUGUGGCAGAUCCUCCGUCAGUUCCCUUGCUCUUUUGAAUUCAAUGAACACUUCCUCAUCAUGCUCUUCGAACACGCCUACGCCUCGCAGUUUGGCACGUUUCUGGGCAACAACGAAAGUGAAAGGUGUAAACUGAAGCUGUCACAGAAGACUAUGUCCUUGUGGUCUUGGGUGAAUCAGCCUGAGGAACUGAGCAAAUUCAAGAAUCCUCUGUUUGAGGCCAACAGUCUCGUCAUCUGGCCUUCUGUCGCGCCACAGAGCCUGCAGCUUUGGGAAGGUGUCUUUCUCCGUUGGAAUAGAUCCUCCAAGUUUUUGGACGAAGCCUACGAAGAAAUGAAUAACAUCAUAGAGUACAACAAGGAACUUCAGGCAAAAAUCAAUGCGCUGAGGAGGCAGUUAGCAGAACUGGAAACAGAUGACGGGAUGCAGGAAAGCUCCUGAGAUCUUGCAAGGCUUUGGACACCAGGUCUUUCCUUUCAACUCACCUUUACACUAAAGACUAAACAGAAUGUGCAUGUGUUGCAAAACCCUCUGGUGCAAUUGCUCCUCAACCCUUCACUGCCGAAACCCUCACUUUACAUGAUCUACAUCUCUUCCGUUUGGGAUGGGUCUCUUGUUUUUUGUUUACAGGGGAAGUGCACUGUUCAGCAUAGUGUUCUCGCUUGACCAUUGCUGUCUUUAAUAAAUUGUGUACAGUUUCUGCAUAA